UGACAGGGCGGGCGGGUCCUGCUCUCUCAGAGGCGGGUUUUCCGCAAAAGGGUUGGUUGAUUUGCUAUCGAUCUGAGGAAGAGAGGAGAGGGGAGGAUUCUUAGGUGAGGCCUGGAGAGAAAGAGAGAAAGAGAGAGGGAGAGGGGGCGAGAGAGAGAGAGCGAGAGAGAGCGAGAGAGCGGAGCCGAGAUUUAUUGCUACAACAAGACUAAACUCAACCAGGACGGAAUAGCGCUGCUAGAGACAGGAAAUAUGAUGCAGGGAGCGAAGAAGGAGUGAAAGUGUUUGGUGGAAGGACUGCUAUUUUUCAAUCGCUACUGUUUUCCCCCUUUCCUCCUCUCCUUUUCUUUCCAUUCCUCCUCCCUGACCGAUCGCAUUCCGCGUAGAAUCUGCACUUUAAUGCCCCUGCGCACCCGAGGAGUGGAAGGAGAGAAGAGCAAGGAAGAAGAGAGCGAGGGAGAACAGAGCGAGGGAGAAGGAGAGCAGAGGCCUGACUUUAACGGAAACCCCGCCGCCGCACCUCACCCCUCUCCCCCGUGGCUGCCUGUCCCCUCUCCCCUCCUGGCCCUGCAUGGACGGGGAUGGGGAGAGCCGGAUGUUGUUACCGCGGGGCUGAGCGCCUCGCAUCCUCGCCUUCCCUGCGACCGCUGCUGCUGCUGAUCGUCGCUCUCUGUUACGGGGCGCACAGAGGUCAUUGCCAGGUGGCCACCCCUCAGUGUCGUAUCCACAAGUGCACCACAGACUUUGUGUCCCUGACGUCUCACCUGACCCCAGCGCUGGAUGGCUUUGCCGUAGAGUUCUGUAAGGCUCUGAGGUCCUACAGCGCCUGCACCCAGAGGACAGCCAAGUCCUGUAGGGGCAACCUGGUCUUCCACUCUGCUGUCCUGGGCAUCUCAGACCUCAUGACCCAGAGAAACUGCUCCCGUGACGGGCCCACCUCCUCCACACACCCCGAGAUACAAUCAGAGCCCUGCAACUACCACAGCCGCACCCAGCACACUCACCCACACCCUCACUCUCACACGCACACUACCACGCGGCCGGGUUACCUGUUCUGCGGGCUGUUUGGGGAUCCCCAUCUGCGGACGUUUAAGGACAGCUUCCAGACCUGCAAGGUGGAAGGGGCGUGGCCGCUGAUUGAUAACGACUUCUUGUCUGUGCAGGUGACCAACGUUCCUGUGGUAACGGGAUCCAGCGCCACAGCGACCAAUAAGAUCACCAUCAUAUUCAAGCCCUUUGAGGAGUGUACAGACCAGCGUGUUUACCAGGCAGUAACAGAUGACCUGCCCGCUGCCUUCGUAGACGGUACCGUGAGCAGCGGGGCCCCCAACCACAACGUUAACGGGAAUAACGGUGACUCUACCGGUAAGGUACGGGCGCUGUGGAUCUCGGAGCGUAGCCCCGGUCACCACGUGGAGCUGCACGCCGGCUACAUCGGCGUGACGGUUAUCGUACGACAGCUGGGGCGCUACCUGACCCUGGCGGUGCGCAUCCCGGAGGAGAUGGCCCAUGCCUACGACGCUACGCAGGACCUGCAGCUCUGCCUCAACGGAUGUCCCACCUCGGAACGCAUCGACCGGGGAGGUCACCUGCCACUGCCUCUCCCUCUACCCCCUCCAGCCCUGGGCUUACAUCUCCAGCAGCCACACGGCCAGGGCAAGGGCCAGCCCUCCCACACGGCUCCCUACAGCGCCCCCCAGUGGUUCAGUGUGGAGGGUGCACGGGCACGCUGCAGGGAGCAGCUGGAGUUACAGGAUAUUUAUUUCCACUCAUGUGUGUUUGACCUCAUGACCACCGGGGACGCUAACUUCACGGCAGCAGCGUUCAGCGCUCUGAAGGACAUGGAGAGUCUCCACCCCCACCGGGAACGCUGGAGGAUCUUCCCACAAAGCUCUGCCGACACCUCCCAGCCUAUCACAUGGCUCCUACUGCUCACUCUCUUUGCGCUCGGCUCUGCACUGGUAUAGCGUUUGUGUGUGUGUGUGUGUGUGUGUGUGUGUGGUGUGUGUGUGUGUGUGUGUGUGUGUGUGUGUGUGUGUGUGUUCAUAUAGAGCCCCUAGCUGAGCUGUAGGAUAAAGUUCCCUCUAUGCAGAUCUAAGGUCAGUUUUGUGUUUUCCCCUAACGGUUAUGAUUGAGGAGGGUAAACUAAGCUGAUCCUGGAUCUGUGUCUAAGAGAAACUUCUAACCAGAGCCCCUCUGGAGAUUUCACUUUUUAUUCUUCUUGGUGAAAAGAGAAUAGUUGACUGAACACCCUAAGGCAUAUUACUGCCAUAAAGGUGGCACAGCUGGCAUCUGAACAGAUUCCACGACACUCCUGUGUUCUUCCCAUCUCUGCUGUGUGGGACCUAGCAGGCUUCCUGGAGAUGAUGACCUGUCUAUAUGUGAGGAUUAGCAACCAACACUCCAACCUGUGUGUGUAUAUUGUAGAAACACACUCCAGACUGUAAAUAGUGUGUGUGACGUAUCCUGGAACGCUGGAUGGCGUUGUUUUGGUUUUUAUUUUUGCGUGAUUUUGUUGUGAUAGUUUUUUUUUUAUACCUCAUAGACAGAGGACGUUGUUUUAAGAGAAGCACUUUAUUUAGAUUUUUUGCUAAAUCCACACCAGUGUUCCCCCUCUCCCCUUUCAACCCCACCCCCCCACUCUCUUCCCCUUCCACCCCACCCCCCCCACUCUCUUCCCCUUUCAACCCCACCCCCCACUCUCUUCCCCUUUCAACCCCACCCCC